AUAUUAUUGUUGUGAUUAGGUCUAUAACUGGGAUCAAACAAAGACGUCUCUAAUUAAAAGUUCCUUCUUUUGGGGUUAUACGGUAAUACAAAUACCGAGUGGAUAUAUAGCAUCAGUUUGGAGUGGUCAGAAACUGCUUAGCAUUGGAAUCCUAGUUUGUGGCAUUUUAAACGGUUUAAUACCUACUGCUGCUGCUUAUGGGGAUUACGUUGCAGUCUGCGCUUGUAGAGUAGGUAUGGGUCUUUGUCAAGGUUGCCUUUUACCUUGCACUCAUACCCUCCUUUCAAAGUGGGCACCGCCAUCUGAACGAUCAAGACUUGGAGCAUUUGCUUAUGCUGGAGCCCAAUUCGGCACCGUAAUUUCCUUUCCAAUUUCCGGCGUAUUAGCAGCUUCAUCGCUUGCCUGGCCAUCCAUAUUCUUUGUAUUUGGUGGUAUAGCCUUAAUUUGGAGCAUCUUUUUCUUUAUUUUUGGUUCUGACAGUCCUGCUCAAGAUUUACGAAUAUCAGAGGAGGAAAGAGAAUACAUAGAAAAUAGUAUAAGAAGUGACGAGGGAAAGAAAAUGUUACAGGACACAGGGAAAAAGAAAACACCAUGGAAAGCUAUUUUCACUUCGGUACCGAUGUGGGCUCUCAUAAUUGUACAUUGUGGACAAAAUUGGGGAUACUGGACUCUAGUUAAUGAAUUACCGAAUUACAUGGACAAGGUGUUGAAAUUCAAUUAUGAACAGAACGGUAUGUUGUCAGCCCUGCCAUAUUUGGUGAUGUGGAUAUUAAGCUUUCCACUAUGUUGGCUAGCUGAUUACGCCUUGAAGAAGGGUGUUUCAAGAGGGGUUGUGAGGAAGGUUUGCAACACCAUCGCUCACUGGGGACCUGCAGUCGCUUUGAGUUGUCUGGCCGCCCUGUCGAUUGAUAAUGCUAUCGUGGCUGUCGGUAUAUUAGUAGUAGCUGUUGGAUUAAAUGCUGGAUCUCUCUGCGGAUUCCAAAUCAACCACAUCGAUCUGAGCCCGAAUUUUGCUGGUACCAUGAUGUCCAUCACGAACUGUAUUGCUUCUGUGAUUGCAAUCAUCGCACCAUUAGUCUGUGGUGCCAUCGCUUAUGAAGACACAAACGCAGCGCUGUGGAACAUAGUGUUUUAUUUAUCCGCUGCAAUUUACGUGUUAGGAAAUUUAAUUUUCAUUAUUUUCGGUCAAGCUGAAGUUCAACCAUGGAACGAACCCGAAGCUUAUGAACUUAGCACCAGGAAAAACUUCGCAACGGCGUAAACAACAAGAACAAGAACUACACAUUGUCUUUCAUGAUUUUCUAUAAAUGUAGCUUGUACUACAUUUAUUUACAUUUUUAUUGGCGCACAAUAUGAUGCCGUCAACCAAUCACAGGAUAUUGUGUGCUUUAAUUAGUGAAUUCACGGUUGUAGCUGUGAAUAUGUUAAUUAUAUUAUAUGAUAAGUUUCGCACCAUUGUAACCUUCUGCUGAUAAUAUUCAUAAGAUCUUCCGGUAAUUAUUUAGACUACGGACGGCAACUCCGAUUUCGAUAAUUUUUAAAUAUGUUGUAGAAAUCAGCAUUUUGAACAACUUUUUCCUAUACAUAUAACCGCCGCUCGGUCUUAGUUUUCGAGAUAUUUUCGAAAAACUGUCGAAACUAAUACAUUGAAUUCUGCGUGGUCGUGUGCGUCCGUGUUACGCACGCAUGUAACGCGUGUUACAUCUUACGUGUUAGUGUGCGAUCGCAGCUCUUCUACUGUUUUUGCAGGUAGCAGCACGGCGACCGAAACUAAUAUAUAUGUACAUAUAUAACGGGUGGACUUAAAAAUCAAAUUUAACUAACUUUAAUGAUUUCGAAUCUCAGUUUGUGUGUCUGAUCGCUUAACGGCGACCAGAAUAUUACUUUAGCCUAACCUAACCUAAUUCACUGAUUAGGUAGAGUGGAUUGGGUUAGGUUAGGCUAUAAAAUUUCCGGUUGCCAUCGGUACGUUGAAAUCAUGAACAUAGAAAUACACAAGGUAUAUAUUGGUCAUCGGUCGUCGUGCUGUUGCCUGCAGAAACAAUAGAAAAGCGGCGAUCCCAUAUUAAUGCAUACGUUAUCACGAAUACACACGGAUGGGCAGAAUUCGAUGUAUUAGUUUCGACAGUGUUUCGAAAAUAUCUCGAAAAUUAAGGCUGAGCGGCGGUUAUAUGUAUAGGAAAAAGUUGUUCAAAAUGUUGAUUUCUACAACAUAUUUAUAAAUCAUCGAAAUCGGAGGUGCGGUCUGUAAUUACCGAGAUUUAAUUUUCAAACAAAUCGAGUUUACAAAGCGUUCGUAUGUGUUACCGAACACGGUAGAUUUUUCCAGGGAAAAUGGCACUGCAGAAGAGAAAGACUCCACUAUGUACUUACUGUCCAUCGAUCACAAGUCCCAUGAGAAUCGCACGCUUCCAAAAUGCAUAUGGCACGACAGCUGAGAACUAAUUCUUUCAAGUUCGUAAGAGAACACGCUUGUCUGAAAAAGUUUAAUUCUCACCUAGCGUGCGCGCAACACGAUCUAGGAAGGCAACAGCGCCUCAAGUAUUUUUACAACGAAAGCGAAACAUUGACGCGUGUUUGGAGUGAGAUGUACGGUGAUCAUGCUAUCCUCUCAAGCUAAAUGAUAGAAUUUUCCCGCUUCUGUAAAUUUUGACAGACCGAACACGUGGAUUUUAUAUAGCGCACAGUAGCACGCCUCGCUGUUGAAAAAAAUAUGCCUACUCUGGAGAACUGAAGGAACGUGCAAUCUGAGAAUUUAAAAAAAAAAGUUAUUAAUUUCUCUAAAUAAAUAUUUUUUAAUUCAUAAAAGCAUAUAGAAUGCGUACGCAAUUGGGACGGGUUAUAUCUUGAAUUUAGUAAAGGAUAGGAAAAAGCUAUUCAUGAAAAAGUUGAUUGGUAUGAGAAUGUUUAUUUUUCUAUGACUUAAUUUUCUUCGUGAAUGCAACGAUGUACUAAAAAAAUGCAGAUGCACUUUUUAUUUAAAUAGAAUUGCAUAUUUAUUUUACUCGUAUCAACUCCUUGGAACAUUCUGCAUAAAAAAGUACUAUGAUACUAUUAGAACUAAUAAACGGAGCGGCCUCGGCUCCUUUUCUCCUUCUAUCCUUCUCUCCCCUCGCUACUAUUCCCUCUCUCUAUUUCGCUAACGCGCCUAUGUCUAACAGUACAACAGUUCAACUUUUACAUCAAUAGCUUUCCCCUAUCUCUUACCAAAUUCAAGAUAUAACCCGUCCCAAUUACGUGACGCUUGUAUUUUCAGAAACCUAUAGUAACUUUGUGUUUUGAAACUAAUAAAAAGUACAAAGUACAAGUGUUAAUCAAUAUUCUGAAUAAAUGCAAUUAAUUUAAAUAAAUAAAUAUCUCACAUACUACUUAUGUAAAGAAUUGCAGAAUUAUUACAAAGAGGAGGCAUAUUCUUCUCUUGUUAUACCUCCUCUUUGAGCGAGGUUUGUUAUGGGCGCUGUAAAAAAUCCAGGCGGUCGUCAGUCAAAACUUAGCGAAAAGGGACAAUCUCAACACUCACAAUCAGAAUGAGAGAAGGACAGCAUGACUGUAGUGCAUCUCACUCAGCGUUUGGGCGUUGUUGCCUUUUUCGCUUGCCCUCGCAGACACAGUUCAAGUGACGUAACCAAGUUAACGCCUGAUUUUCGCUACGAUUCCAAAUUGGCAAUCUUUUUAGUUAGACGCCACCUUAUAACUAAUAGCUGAACUGAAUUUGUCACGUAACUUGCUUUGUAUUAUCCACAAAAUGGCGGAACUGGUCUGUGGGAAUACUUUCACGGGACUACACUUUUCGACCUUAUUUCGCAACAAAUGAAGACAAAAUAGGUCUUAAUUUGCAGGUAAGGGCAGGUUAAGCUAGACCGCUGAACUCAUGAUUUCAAUCACAGCACUGUUUUAGUGGUUUUAGUAUGCUUCGAUUCCGCGACUGCAUUUUGUCGAUUUUUUCCUCCACUUUGGACGCUUAUAUUACUAAACAUCAACAUAAUCCCACUGAAACAUUAGUUCAGCGGUGUGUAUUGGUCCUUGCUCUUUCGAAUAAGCCCUCACCCAGCCCCAAAUGUUCUCAUAUAAAGACGAAAAGUAGUACCGUGAACCCCUUUCUAGGCCCAUUUUUGCUGGAUAAUCUCAACGCGCUACUAUUCUCAAAGCAGCUGCAUUAAGCGAGACGCCGAGGAACCUGAUGCGGAGCGCCACUCUCGGUACUUCGUCUCCCGCGAAGCUAUUUCGGUUUCUGGCUUGAUAAAAAAAAUCGACGUUACAACUUUCUCUGGAUGUAUUUUUAAAAUAAAAAUCUACUCUAUCGCGUGGUAUAA